AUGUCAGGUAACGAGGACGUAGAUGAUGAAACUCGCCGGCGCUUCCAAGCUCCCUACACGGCUAAGCACCCGAUCCCGACCAUCGCCAAGUACCGUGAAGAGAAGGAGGCUCGGAAAGCUGCGGCAGGACGAGAUACAAGUGACGAUGGAGAUGAAGACCUAACUCAGACCAAGACUCAGCGUGCCAAGGAUGGCUGGAGAAGUUACUGGUAUGGGGAGAAAGAGGACGAGAAGACGAACCAAGACAAAGAUUCCAGGGAAGGAGCAGAUCAGCAACAGCAGGCGGUGGAUGUUGAUGGAGAUGGCGAUGUCGACCAAGACGACCAAGACGAGGCCGAAGCUAUCCAGGAUACAUCUGAAGCUACAUCCAUGCCCGAUCCCAAGAACCGACGGAAAGGGAGAAGAGAAGACGGAGCGGAGCGUGAGGUCACAGAUCCAGUUACGCAUCUGCCUGUCCGUAUUCACGACUUCACGCAGGGUUCGCUCAAGGAUGUGGAGGAAAAUCCGCCGCCGAUCGGUAGCACGAGUAGAACAGCCACAGGACUGAGCAACAAGAACAAAUCGGAGAAGCAGCUGCACGAUGAACACAAGGAGAUCCAGGGAGGUCUGGAUUCCAUGAACACACUUUUCCCACCUCCAAGCUACGAUGUCAUUCGGCAAGAACUCGCCGCGCUCAACAAGCAGGGCAUCACCAUUGGUAUGGCUGGUGCAGCUAUCAUAAUCUUGACUGCUUUUGGCCUCGAAAGAGUCUUCAGACCACACCUUGCUCGCGUUGUGGGUAGUGACGAUCACAGACACUGGUCUAUCGGAAUACUGGUCUGGAUUAUACUUGGACUCUUCACAGCCGGCGCCAUGUGGUACCUGAUCCAGGGAGUACGAGAAUGGUUGGCAAACCGCAUUGAUGACACUUGGCAGGACCAAGUUUGGGAAGCCAACCUGCAAAGCCGGAAGAGAGCAGCGAAGGCGCACGAGACAGAAUCUGUGACGUGGCUCAACCAGCUGUUUGGCUCCGUAUGGCCACUGAUCAACCCAGAUCUCUUUACGAGUCUUGCGGAUACGCUGGAAGACGUCAUGCAGGCAUCUUUGCCAAGAUUUGUGCAGAUGGUGAGUGUUGAAGACAUUGGCCAGGGCAGCGAAGCACUGCGAAUUCUAGGCAUCAGAUGGCUCCCUACCGGAGCGGCAGGCCGUUCAGUGGGUGACGACGGUAGCCUGAAGUCGGCCGAUGACAAAACGCAUAGCAAUGAUCGCACUGUGUCUGGAGAGGGUGAGGUAGAAGAUGCAGGGCCCAAAGAUGCCAGUCCAGGUGAAAAAGAUGAGAAAGGAGAGAAAGAUGAGAAGAAGGAGGAAGAGAAGAACACUGGAGACGGCUCCGAGCGUGCAGAUGUGGCAGAGGGUAUGGAGGCCGAGGAGGGAAAUUUCAUAAACCUCGAAGUUGCCUUUGCGUAUCGUGCUCGAACUUCGAAGUCCUUCAAAGCUCGCACCAAGGACCUGCACUUCUACAUUGCCUUCUAUCUACCUGGUAAUAUCAAAAUACCAGUGUGGGUCGAUGUGAAGGGGAUCAUUGGAACCUGUCGCCUUAGACUUCAACUGACGCCCGAUCCGCCGUUCUUUGCGCUUUGCACACUGACGUUUCUGGGUCAGCCAAAGGUCGACAUCAGCUGCAUACCCCUGAUAAAGAAGGGGUUCAACAUCAUGGACUUACCGCUGAUCAGCAACUUCGUGCAGAGCUCGGUGGAUGCUGCAAUGGCCGAGUACGUGGCUCCAAAGAGCUUGACGCUGGAUCUAAAGGACAUGCUCGCUGGCGACGACUUCAAGAAAGACACCGCUGCACGUGGCGUGAUCGUGGUCUACAUCAAGAGAGGCUAUGAGUUCGAGAUGGGGGACGCUUCCAUUCCACUGAUCUCAGACGGGAGCUCUGAUCCCUACGUCUCUGUGGGUUGGGCUAAGUUUGGCAAGCCCAUGUUCAGUACUCGAGUGCUGAUCUCGGAAAUGGAACCAUAUUGGUGUGAGCGGGCGAUCCUGCUCGUGACACCAGAAGAGCUCAACGUUGAUGAGCGUCUUCGAGUGCAACUUUGGGACUCGGAUCGGUUCACGGCAGAUGAUGACCUCGGACGCAUUGAGCUCGACUUGAAGCACAUCAUGAAAUCGGACGAGACGAACGGCAAGAUGGCCGAUCGCACGGACGGAUUCAGAGCUCUCAAAGCUGGCGAGAACAUGCCAGGUAAAUUGGAGUGGAGUGUCGGCUAUUUCUCCAAGACGAGAUUACAGCCUUGCCAGCUUGAGAAGCAGACCUAUGACAGCGACAUCCGAUCCAUGGAGCAAUUGGAGAAGAAGGUGGAAGGGAGAUGUCAGCGAAAACUUCGCGAGGCUAUGAUCAAGAAAGGGCGUCAUUCAAGGGACGCCGAAGAACUGGAACAGCAGAAGAAGCAGGAGAUGAAGGAGCAGGAAAAUGCCAUCAUCAUCUCUGCGCCUCCACCGGACGACUAUCCGAGCGGCAUCUUCAGCGUCCAAAUCCAUCAGAUUACUGCACUGGAAGUUGACGACGUUCGUGCAAAAGCAGAUCAAGGCACUGGUCCGGACGGUGGAGAAGCCGAGGGCGGCGUCGAUCUUCCAUCAGCGUAUUGCACCAUCAUCAUCAAUCACAAGCAGGUGUACAAGACGCGAACAAAACCGAAGAACUCGCAGCCUUUCUAUAACGCUGGCACGGAACGAUUUGUUACAGAUUGGCGUAAUGCCGAAGUCUUCGUAGCUGUGCGAGACGCGCGCGUCGAUGAAGAAGACCCACUUCUGGGUAUUGUCCAUCUCCCGCUUGGAGAAAUCUUCAAAGAGCGGGCCCAAGUCAAUGGCUUCUAUCCCAUCGCUGGUGGUAUGGGUUUCGGCCGUAUUCGUCUCUCCAUGGUCUGGCGUAGCGUUCAGCUUCAAGCGCCCCCUGAAGAGCUUGGUUGGGAGUACGGGACGCUGGAGGUCAAGUCUACCAUCACGAGCUCCGACGUUCCUGAGAAUCUGAAAGAUCUUACGAUCAAGUUGCAUUCGAAUAUCAGCGCCGUCAAGAUGCACUCACACCAGGGUGAAUCCGGGACUCGGGAAUGGAAGACGCGAAAAGGCAAGAGUCUCUACCUCCCGUUUCAGAAACGUUACGCGUCUUGUCUCGCGAUCCGCUUCAAGCGCAGCGGCAUGCUCAAGGACAAGACUGCGGCGUACUGCAUUUUCUGGCUCAAGGAUAUACCCGACGACGAACAGCGAGAGCCCGAACUACCCAUCUACAAAGGCAAUUUCGAGCGUGCUCGCGUCAAUUGUCUCGAUGAACCGGGCGAAAAGGUCGGAAGUCUGAAGGUCACGUUGAAGUUCUGGAGCGGUCUGAGCGAGAGACAUUCGGGACUCGCAAACCAGGAUCCGAAUCUCAAGAAUGUCAUGGAGGUGCUGGAUUGUGCGAGGGACAACCACGAGAGUAUGCAGAAAGAACGAGAAGCGGGCAUCGUGGAGGACAAUGGACAUGGAGGUCCCUAUCAUGAGGAUGAAGACGACGAGGAGGGCGAGAGCGACUCGGAUAGCGACGGCAGUUCCGACGACGAGGACAGAGAGAACGAGAAGGAUGCGAAGGGGGAUUCCAAGCCCAAUGACGACGACGCCAACAGCAGCAAGUUGAAUCUCGUCGACAAAGCUAAAGACUACAAAAAGCAUGCCAAACAGGAACAUCGCCGAGGACGGGGCGCCAUGCAGUAUAAGGUAAGUUCCUGGCCUCCAUCCUCCUCCUCCUCCUCCACCACAACAACAAAGCCCAGAUAAAUAAAUGAUCGCGAUACUAAUCAGCCCCAUCACCAGCUCCCGCGCACCGCCAACUGGGCCUCGAACAAAGCCCAGCGAGUCGAAAGCAAAUUCUCGGGCAUCUUCAAGCGGCAUACCAGAGAGCCAGGCAUUGAGACGGAAGUCUAA